AUGGCCUUGCGACACAAGCGCGGCGUCUCCCCGCUGCGGCGCGACGAGUAUCCCCCAACGGCGACGAUAGCGACGACGGCAUCGAUGACGCCGACAUAUGCACGCCCGCGCUCAAACGCAAUCGCGGACGCACACGCGCCGCCGCAACAACCCCCGCAGAGCUCCAUCGGCUACGUGCUCGAGUGGACCUCCGGGCCGAUGCACACGCGGCCGCGCCGGCAUGCGCUGUGCGGCGUGGAGGGCCUGCGGACGGAGUUGCUGGCUGGGCGGGACGGCGGCGGCGGCGGCGGCGGCGGCGGCGGGGCUCCGGGGUCGGGCCGGAUGUUGGUGAUUCGAGCUCCGGCGGCGGCGGGGGGAGCGGCGACAACGACGGAGGGAGGAGCAGCAGCAGCAGCGACAGGUGAAAGAGGGCGCGGAGAGGUGCUCGACGCGGAGGUGGCGGGCGUGCUGAGGGGCAUUGCGGGCGUGGACGACGGGUUCGUGGCGGCGCAUGUGGAGGGCGCGGCGUGGAGGCCGAGGGCGAGGUCCCGGCGCGUGCGGUGGUGGUGCUGGGCGUAUCCCGAGUCGAUCGUCACCUCAACGGCAUCGGGACGGGGGCGGCGAGACGGGGGGCAAGGGGUUGCCGUGUGUCGCGCCUCGCUGUGGCUUUCAUCGCAGAUCCCAAUCCUAUUCAUCGACGACCGCGCCGCCUACACGAGCCCGUCGCCCGCCGUCGCCGUCCCGCCGGGCAACCUCACCGGACCGGUACCGGGACCGCCGCCCGCGCGUCCGGCGCCCAAGCUCCGCCACCAGGAUGCCGCAACGACGGGCAGCCGGCUGGGGAAGCAGCCGAGCGGAGGGCGAUACGGCGCCACGGGGACGAGUCCCCCCGCGUCCACCGCUGCCAUGAUGCCUCCUACCUCGGCUAGCCCGCGGACAGGAGACGGGACCGGCAGCAAGAGGCGGAGACGGGAGGCCUCACCCCGACCACCGUGGGCCGGAGCGGCAACAACUGGCGGCGCGUUGUCGUUCGAUGAGGAGUUGUGGGAUGCGCUCGAGCUGAUGGGCGGCAGCGCUGGCAGCGCUGGAGACGUGUCGGUUGAGGAACUCGUCGGGGAGCUCGUCUACGAGCGGUGGGCGGCGUGGCUCGUGGGCCGGCGACGGCUACGACACAACUCGGGAGCUACAUCGUCGUCGUCGACGCCAUCGUCGUUGUCUGGGGCCGCGUUGCCUUCCCCCUCACCGUCGGCCCUCUGGGCGGCCAUGGCCGCGCUGGAGCAGAACCUCGACGAGGCGCGGCACCUCGCGCGGCAGGGCGGCCGGGUCCUCGACGCGGCGAGCCCGUCGGCGUGGGGGGACCUGCUGCAGCGGGCGCAGGCGCGCGUGCACCUCGCUCAGAUAUCGCCGCCCGUCUCCUCGCCGCCGUCAUCAACCAUCGCCGCCGCCGCAGGAGGGAUACUCACGCCGCCCUUGCAAAGGCGUCACCAAACCGCGGACAAGCAACCACCAGCACCACUACCACCACCCGCCUGCGACCCGGAGCUCUUCGACGAGCGCAGCCUCGACCGCAUCGCCUACCUCGGCGGCUUACUCCUCCCCGUGACCGUCGUCGCGGGCGUGCUCUCCAUCGAGGGCGACUACGGGCCCGAGGGGACCAACUUCUGGGUCUUUUGGGUGGCGAGCCUAGCGGCGUCGGCGGCCGCCCUGCUGGUGAUUUACGCGGACCAGCUGCGCUCGCUCGAGGUGUGGUGGCUGGAACUUCCGCCCGACGCGGAGGGCGGCAAGGCGCAGCAGCAGGGCCGUGACGACUACGAAGGCGACGACGAAGAUGAACACGGAGCCGGCCACGGCGUGCGACGCUAUUACCAGGCUGAGGCUGCGGCGUUUGAGGGGGGAGGAGGCACCGGCGGCGGCGGAGGUGAAGGCAGGGUGGUGCGGCCCGCGGCAAGGUACCUUGUGCAGCGCGGGGGGGAGGCCGCGCAGAGGACGUGGAGGAGGGGCGGGCGGCUGGGCUGGGGGGGCGCGGUAAAGACGAUGUCGGGGUAUUACCGGUGGAAGGGGGAUGCGCGGGUGAGGAUCGGGAGGCCGGGCGAGGCGCUGAGGGCGGCGUGGGCGCCGCCGGCGUGA